AUGAUCAGAAAGACUUCCUUCUUAUUCGUUUCUUGUUCGGUUGUCUUUUUGUUGGCACUGUGGACAACUUCGUCUCUUGCUCUCGAUAUUUUGUCAAACACCAAGAAAAAGGAGGAGGCUAAAAUAGCCCAAAUAGAACAAUACAUGACCAUCGGAAGAGAUCCAGAACUAGCAAGAUUUGAACAAGCUGCCAGACCUCCAUCAUCAAAUAGUGGCAGAACAUUAACUGUAAAACAAGACUCUUUCUCAUGCCAUUACUCAUCACCCACACAAUCCGAGAAGAAGUUUGAAUGCGAUGCUUUAGUGAAUCAAACCAUUGUUGGAGAAAAAUUAAAUUUCAACGCUUCCUUUUCGGUCAUUGUUGAUUUGAAAUCAGAGUGGGCUCUUGUGGAAAUUGAUUAUGAUGGCAUGGAAAUUUAUAAAAAGAACAUGACAAUUGCUGAUCUGACAGUUCCAAUUUGUGUUACUCCCGCGGUCUUGGAUAAACUUAUUUCAUUAUGCCUUGACAUUAGCGGAAUCAAAUUUGAUGUCAAUAAGGAUUGCUUCAGAGCUUUUGCUUCUCUAGAUUUAAAGAUUUUAUUUGUAAAGACUAUUAACAUCAUUCCACCCACUGAGUUUGGUUGGAACAUGGCUCAAUGUGAUGCUUCUUCAAAACGCUAUUAA